UUUCGGCCACCUCGAAGGUUACGGAAGUAAAUCAACAUGGCGACGAUAAUAAUCUCCAGUGAAGUUGUGACGAGUUGUCUAGUAAAAAUGUCACUCUCGUGUUAACUGUUGACCUUCAAUAUCCUUCCACAUUGUAAGAUGAUGCUCAGAAUCAACUAAUUCUCAUACAGCAAAGGACUCAUGAAAGCACGACCUCUGUCCUAUCCACAUCAUCCCAAACUGAAACGAAAGCAAGAUAACGUGUACUUUCCUGGAGACAUUCACCAUUCUACCGACUACAGUCAAUGCGGUUGACCCUCCGAGCGGUUCCCCUCGGCCCCCCCGACGUCACCCCCCUCUCCCCCUGACGGUGAUGCGCUGUCAUCAUGACGGCAAUCGCUGUCUUUACCUGCCACUCCAGCUCACACCCCUUUCAGGAGCGACGGAUACCACUCAAGGAGCCGGUCAAGAUUGGCCGGUCAGUGGCCAAAGCCAGACCGACGGUUGAUAACGGCAUCUUUGAUUGUAAGGUGCUGUCCCGGAACCAUGCGCUCAUUUGGUACGACCAGGACGCCCUCAAGUUCUACCUGCAAGACACCAAGAGCAGCAAUGGGACCUUCAUCAACAACCAGCGCCUCAGCAGGGGGGCGGAGGAGAGCCCUCCCCACGAGCUCAACUCAGCAGAUAUCAUCCAGUUUGGGGUGGACGUCAUGGAGAAUUCAAGGAGAGGAGUCGUAACCCAUGGAUGUAUAGUUUCCCAGCUGACGUUAUUCAACCCAGAUGGAUCAGAGGCAAUCAGGAGUUCCCCGGCUCCAACACUAAGUUACAGCAGUACCAGUCCAACCACUAACAAUGUCCCAUCCCAGGACCUGUACCAGUUAUCACACUACCUCAAGGAGGCUCUGCAUCGUGAGCAGAUGUUGGAGCAGAAGCUUGCCGGCUUACAGAGGUUACUCUCCUCCACCCAGGAGGCGUCAGAGUGUAGCUGGCAGGCACUCAUUGAUGAGGAUAGACUACUGUCUAGGCUCGAGGUACUAGAGAGCCAACUUAGAGCAUAUUCAAAGGCCAACUCAGAAGAGAGUAUACGGAAGGAGUUGGUCGCGUUGCAAGAAGACAAGCACAACUAUGAGUCAACGGCCAAAGAGUCUCUCAAGAGGGCGCUAGAAGAGAAACUAGACGCGUGCCGGAAACUUUCGGACUUGGAGAGAAUGUUGAGUAAUUCCGAGGAUGAGUGCGCUCACAGCAAAGAGGAAGUAGAUCGUCUGCAGGUCGAGCAGCAAGCCUUGAUCACCAAGCACACGGAAGUCGCUGCCGAGCUGAAGGAAGUGGCUCAGAAACUCACCGAGGCUGAAAAGAUGCAUGCUGAUGAGGUGGAGAGACUGACAAUCGAGAAAACGGAGCUGGAACGGAAGGUUGACAUCGCAUCCCGGGAGGAGAUCGCGUUGGCUACCAGGAUUGAAGAGAUGCAGGCAGAGUGUGACUUUGCCAGAGAGCAGCACGCAGCCGUCAAACUUCGUUAUGAGGAAGUUCAGGAGCAGCUCAAGCACUACGUCAAGGACACAGAGAAGUCUGACAAGACGGACGAGCAAGAGAAGGAGGACACAAAUCUUAAGAUCAUCCAGGAGAACGAAGAUGACACAAGACAGAUCAUCUCUAAAGAGGACACCGACUCCACAGAUGCUAACACGUUAGACAACAGCAACAAGUCUCUUAAAGAAGACGAGGAAGACAUCGAGAAGGAUGCGAAGGAAGAAACAAAGGAGAAAGCAAAGAAACAAGAAGAUGAAGCUAAGACCAAUGGAGAGGCAACGCCUACAGAUGCCUCGCCAACCUCACCUAAUGAACCUUCGGUACAAGGAACAUUAGAACAGCAACUUGAAAGAUUAAAAGGUGAACUGGUAGACUCCGAAACCAGGCUACAGGAGAGCCAGGAGCAGGUCAACGGCCUGCAGCAGCAGCUCAAACAGGCUCAAUUGGAGGCUAUCGAGAAUAUAGCCAAAGCUAAUGCCAUUGAAGAAAAACUGAAGGAAUCAGAGAAGACAAUGGAAGAAGCUGUUGAAGAGGCUACAGUGGAUCUCAGAGAAAGAAUAGCCAAAAUGGAAGCUUUGGACAAAGAGAGAACGAGAGGGGGCCAAGUCAUUGAAGAGCCCAUGUUUGCUAAGAUGGAGGAGAGACAUCUGAGUGCUGCUCCGCCUGAUGCUAAGAACAACCUGCUAAACACGAUGCGACCUGAAGAGUUGACGGAUCUUCAUAAUCAUCUCGGCGACAAUCAAGAGUUGCUUGCUGAAGCCGCCGAUACUUCCCUUUCAGAAACCUUGCAUGAUGAUCCCACAGCUCACAUUGAUGAAAGAAUAGAAGACGCUCUACAGCAUAGUGCCAAAGAGAUAGAGAUACUGAAAGAGAAACUCCAAGCUUCAUUGAGCAAGCAGAAAAUGUACGAAGAGCAACUGGACAAGUUGAGACGAGAUUUGACAGAGAUGCAGAAGCGACAUGAAGUCUUGGUGGAGGAGAACGAGACUCUGAAAGAGCAGUUAAUCGACAGUCAGGAUGAGGCGAGAGAAGCCGUGGACAGAGCGGAAGACCUCCAAGAGCAACUUGACAGAGUGGAAAACUCAGCCAAAGAAGUCAACGAUCAGAUUCUAGAAAUAAGAGAUCAACUGAUGGAAGAGCAGCAAGUAGCUAAAGCUAGUUCUACGGAGGCUACGCAGACAAAACAGCUGUUGAGUAAAGAGCAAGAGGCCUUAAAACGUCAGGGAAGCCUGCUGGAACAGAUACAGAAACAAUUGAGAACAGUGGAGGAAAAGAGUUUGGAAACGGAAGCAUCAAUGGAUGACUAUCAAGACCAAAUAAAGACUCUUAAAGAAGAGCUGGAGAAAGAGAAACAAAAACGGCAGCAGCUGGAGAAGGAGUCUACACAAGCCAAGCAAACCGUACAGCGACUGCAGGCCCAUAGUGAAGAGUUGGUGGCUCGGAGGCAAGAAACACAGAAGAGCCAGCCCACUGCUCAUAAAAGCCAGUCUACUCCAGCCCUUUCAUCUGAAAACCUUGCCCUACAGACGAAAUGCAAGGAGCUGACGGCUAAACUAGCGGAAACGGAGGACAAACUAAAUACAACAAGAAAAGAAAGCGGCAAGUUGAAUCAGGAUGCCAACAAGCUCCAAAUCCUGCUCCGGGAGGCAGAGGCCAAACGACGGGCGCUGGAAGAUCUAGAUUUCCAACGGAAGAAAGAACUGAAGGAGUCGGCCAAGGAGGUUGAGAAGGCAAGACAACAGUUGACCAAAUCCUUAGAGGAGAAUCAACACAUGGAGGAGAGAGUACGAGCCUCGGAGCUUGAGAAGGCCAGACUAGAGCGGGAAGUACGAGAAAGCCCAACAGUCCUACAGGCCGGCCCAGCUGUAAAUACAGUUGUUCAGAUGAAGUACGUGCCCGUCAUCGUCAUCUUGAUUGCCAUCUUCGCUGCAAUUGUACAAUUCUUGGUCGCCAUGUCAUCUUCUGUAUGACAAUGCUCUUGUUAGCUGCACUGCAUGGAUAAAAACAAAAAAGGAGGAAAAACCUCCCCCCAAAAAAAAUUCAAUCAAUCAAAAACCAAUUAUAAGAUGGAAUUUUGCGUCGGGGUGAUAUAAAUCAAUAUCAAUAUAAAUCAAAAACCAAACAAACACCUGUUGCAUGCACAUUUGUAUUUAGUCACAGUUCAUGAAACUUCUGAAUUCGUCGCAGUUCAUGAAACUUCUGAAUUCGGAACAGUAUGACAAAAUCUCUUACAAGGCUGUAGACUUUUCAGGUACAAAUAGAUUCAGAACCAGAAUUUCUUGAAAAUACAUUUUCUUCAGUUUUCAUUUUUGUUUGAAAAUGGUGCGAAUUCCUCUCUGAGAUGGCUGGUAAACUUGGAGCCAUCUCAUGCUUCACUUAUCACCUCUCAUUCCAGUUGAUAGGCGGCAGAGAAUUUGGUUUCCCUGCGUUCGAUAAUUUAAAUUGCGUGGGUGCCGCCAUUAAAAUUUCAUCAAAACUGAUAAAUCUACACUGUGGGAAUGCUUUGCUUGAUUUUUUAUUUUUUUUAUUUUUUUAUUUUUUACCUUUACUUAUCAACCAAAAGUUUAUCAACUUCUGGAUAAAAAUAAAAUGCAAAAGCAAAAGGCCAAAAACAGGAUCGAAAGUGUUUGUGUUUUAGGCACACUACUCAGAGCUGUGAACUAGCCUGAAAAAAAAAGCUGCAUAAACAAUGUUUGGGAAAAGUUGAGUUUAGAAAGGGAAGGAAAACCCCUCAAAAUAACAACAAAAUAUGAUACAACAACCGUGGCGGGAUUCGAACCCAGGUUUCAGAGUUGGAUGCCAAAGAAUGUUAAUGUGACACUGAACCCUGCAAUGAGAAUUAAAUUGUUAAAAGUUUCCUCAUUUUCUUGUAAGCACAAAGGGUUCUUUCGUGUUUCAGUGAAAUGAAUUGUACGCACGAACUUAAGUGAAAUUGUUCUUGUGAAUUUGGAGACGCGGAGUUGUGCACAGUACUUUGGCCGUGUAGGUUGGGUGGUAUAUAAGCCAUCUCCAGUUGCAGAGUAACUGCCUUACAUGUCGGUAGCAGAAUUUGGAAUUGUAGAGAAAUAUUCAAAAUGUUAUUAGUUUCACAUAUCUCUGCAAGUGCAAUUAAUUUUGGCACUUUGUGAAUUAUGUAAGGAAUUUGGCAUGUUUGUUGUAUUACUUAGUUGUUACCUUAUUUCACCGUGAUAGACAAUCAUGUCCGAGGUUCAAAUCCAUGCAGUGCAGUUCUCUAUGUAUAUUUCUGUACAUAUGUAAUUUGUACACCGUAAAAAGGUUGCGUCUUUUUUGUAUUUCAAGGAAUAUAUAGUAAUCAUGUAAAUAUGUGUACCUUGGGGCUGAGCAUGAGGUUGACCUCUUGGGAUUCCAACCACCAAAAACUGACGCUCUCACACAAAAACUCAGCGACCUGACCACAAUGCAUUGUGUUUCCUGUCUAUAUGCAAUGAUGUACCAUCUUUUAGUGAAAGAGGCAGAUUUCCUGUCGUUCUGUUUUCAGAGAUUUCAAUUUAGGAAGAAAUUUUGAAAGUAAAAACCUUGUUGCUUUAUUAGUUUUUCACUGUCCUGAGUAAGACAGACUAAAUUAUCUUUAGUUGUACGUUUGUUAGAUCUUGGUGGGAAAAGUUCAAACUGCACAAAAAUGGAUCUGUUGAUGGCAACGCACAGUGAAUGAAUUAAAAACGAAAUUAUCAGAGCCAUAUAGGUGGGCGAGGACAUCCAAGAAUUUGUUUACAUUCGCUUAUCUAGCUCCCAGACCUAUGUUCUUGAAACUCAAUGGUUCUUGAGUCUGGAGUGCUGACUGGUAACACAGCAACCGAUGAAAACUGGUGUGCAUUUGAAUACAUGUCCAUGUUUUCAUCGGAUGACGUCAGCCCCCCCCCCCCCCCACCCCAACCCACCCUAUAUUGAAAGUCUGGAUUCUUUUCUUCUUUUUUUCCAAAUGAGUGUAAGCAGGGAACGGUUAAAUUUGGCAUGUAGGGUGGUCAAGUAAUAUCAAAGUCUGCCAAAUUUUUCCCAUUGUUCCAUUUUAUUUUCAAUAACAAACCAUUUUGAGGUCCUUUUCUCUAGCAUUCUGGGAAAGGUGAUCUCGUAGAUUAAUGUCACGUAGAUUAAUGAGGUAAUUGUUAGUCAAAUAUCUGUUUGCUUGAGCAGACGUGCCACAUAAUACCUCAAGUGUGUUUCAUAUGGAGAGAAUAUAAAUUUAAAUAGGCGAUAAUUCAAGGUUUAACUUGACAUCAAGGUUUCUGGAGGUUUUACCGGGUUUUGCGGGAUAUCGUUUAAUGAAUUUUGCAUUCUUCUCUAACCCCACCAAUAAUUGUUUAAUAGUGUCCUAAUGAGCAGAAUUAAUGGCAUCGAAAUCUGUCUGUGUAUGCAUAUCUCGUCUUCCACAUAGUUAGGCCCACAUUAAGCUCAGGCCUGGGAUAUGAGGAUUCAGUAUACAGAAAAUGAACAAGGACCAAAAAUUGACAUGUUUUUUUUUCAUGCUUUGAUGUAAACCCUUCCCCAAUAAAAUGUGCCAAUUUUGUACAGAUCAUGACUGUAUCACAGUUGCAUGGGCUUAUAAGCAUAAAAUAGGCUGGAGGAAAGACUAGCAAAGAUGUCUUGCUUAGCGAGAAUCAGCUAAGCAAUAUAUCCUUUCCCACGGCACUUUGCCUGGUACUGUUUUUUUCCCCCUCCGAAACAAAAAACUGUUGUAGUUUCAUGGAUAUUUAUUCUUAGGCCCUACCAAGUAUUACUUCCAAAGAAGUAUUUUCAGAAAAAAAUUGACUUCGAGAUUAGUUUGGUUGUAAUGGUCCGUGUUGUAAUUUAAUGGAAAAUGAUAAAAUCCUGUUGUCAUUAAAAACAGGAUGAAAUGAGAAUUUGAUAUUUUUGUAUGUGUAUAAUGUGUGAUUGUACAAACAAAAGAUGGGUAAGUGAAGAGUAGAUAUGUUAUUGUGUUGUACAUAGCAAGUGUAUAUCGAGUUAUGUUUGAGACGGUCCCAUUUAGGGUCUACCAUCUCUGCACGUCUGUUUCCCUGAUCUUAAUUUUCGAUUGUUGGGUAGGCUGAUAUUGUUUGGAACAGAGCAUUGGUGGAGCACACACACACACAAAUCUAGUCAUUAUGUGACCUUUGUUUUGACAUUUGAAAGGUCGUAGGUCCCUGGUCGAUAAUCAGGCCAACCAGAUAAAACGGCGUUAUGCAAAAUGGGGUCGUGGCCCCAGAAAGUUCUGGCCUCCAAAGAGAGUGUGGUCGUUAGCUUGCUGGCUGCUUAUUGGCCGACUUUUGAUUGUUUGUUAAAGUGUGACACCAGGUUUCCAACCAUCUUCCAUCCGCUACCUCCCCCGCCAUACUGCGAUUUUUUUCCCCAAAUAUUUCGACAUACCUUUUCUUUUGAAUAGCACUUCUGUCCAGAAAUCGAUUGGAAUGUGUUUUAGGGCCCUUUAAGCAUCUUCCCUGCAAGUUUCAAGCAGUUUCAUUUUUUUUCCGGCCAAAUAUUGAGAAAAAUCCAAGGGGUUAAACUUGCAUUUGUAAUCAAAGUUGGCCCAAAAUGACCUUUCUCCAAACAACACAGAAAUUCCGUUGGAGGCAAGAGGAUUAUCAAUCAAUAUUCAAACAUCCAAAUUUUUGAACGUUUUUGAUAAAAUCAUAGAUUUUGGGGGGAAACAAUUCGGCGCAAGUUUUUUUGAAUAGCACUUCUGUCCAGAAUCGAGUUGGGAUGUGUGUUCUUAGGCCCUUUAUCUUCCCUGCGAGUUUAAACAAGUAUCACUUCUUAGGGAAGCUAUAAGUCUAGCCCUGUAAUAAAUCUGACUGUAAUAUACUCUUUGCAAAAAAGCCAACAUUGUAUGGUGUAAAUAAGUUAGAUUGUCUUUGUCAUUGCGCCUAUUUAUGACAGCAAAGGCGACUGGGUGUACUGUGUAAGGAAGAAUUGAGUUUGAGUUGAAGAAUAUAAAUAAUAAAAAUUGUUUAUUAUGAACUUCA